AGUUUUGGUGAUACCAUUUCUAGACCCAUUUCAGUGCUGAGUAGCAGUAGAUGCUGGAGGGCUACAGGAUGGAGUUUCCUUGUGUCCGCUAACUGUGUUAAGGCGAUAACAUAAAACUCCACAACUCACUUCCUCUUUUAAGAAGAGUUCCGCUGCAUGCGGCGUAUCGAGUGUGAAUACAUAGCUGGGACUGGAGAGGAGGAUCUAAUCCUCGCCUUCUGGGGGUGGAUAGACUGCUUACUAUUCCUAGUAAUGCGUGAAGGUGCCAGCGCCAUCAUUCGAAUAUGUAGCUACGAGGAGGAGGAGGACCCCCACCUGGUACACCUGGUUUAGCCAAGAGGCACCAUCUUACGAAAGCUACUACUGUAAGAAGAUUCUCAUUUACAGAACAGGGCAAUCAUUCCAGUCAGCCCUGCUGUCAAACUACUUCUUCCAGCCUGUUUCACUUCUCUUACAUGAUUACUCAAAAAGUCGGGUACAGGUAAACCGGCUAUUCUCCCCACAAAACCUAUGGACGUUAUUUAGGCUUUAUCCUGCUUGUAUCUACAACAUUUGCAGUGGGUGUUAAUUCUGCCUGCUUGUUUGUUACCAGACAUGGGAGGAGCCAUGCUUUCCAGUUUGCUGUGGAUGACAACAAUGAUUUAUUGGUGUUUUUUGACAGGUGAACCAGCUGUUGAAAGUUUCAGAACUGUUCCAAAGUCUGUAAGCGUUGAAAGAGGAUCUAAUGUAACAAUAUCUUGCAUCUUGACGGACGCUACCCUUAUUCAUGGGACUGCUGAACAUAUAUAUUGGGAACUUGAUGGGGACAUUCCGAUUCCUAAAGAAUACUAUACUGUUGUCAGUCGAAAUGUUUGCAAUGUUACACUCUACAAUUUUACAACACCCACAAGUAAUGCAAUAUGUUACUUAAGAAAAGAUGCUCAUCGGCAUCUCAUCGGAAGAUCAGAAAUUAGAUCAGGAUUUUCACCAGAAAAACCAAGAAAUAUCUCCUGUGUUUUUUAUUACAAGAAGAAUUUGACAUGUACUUGGGAUCCAGGCAAAGAAACAUUUCUUCCAACCACAUACAUACUAAUUCGCAGAAUGCAUGGGCUAAAAGAAAUGAAUUGCACAACAACAACAAACAUCUGUACUUUCUUUUUCCCUGAUAUUCCUUUCCCGGGACUCUACAGGCUGAAGGUGGGGGCUGUCAAUGAUGUAGGCACAGAUGAAUCUGAAGAAAUCAGUUUGGAAGCACGGGAUAUAGUGAAAAUGGAUCCCCCUAAAGUCGAGCUGCACAUCAGUGUGAAAAAUUACUUUGAAGUAACUGUACAUAAGCCAUCACUGGCUCCACCUAUAAUAAAUGUAACAUGUAGCCUCCGAUAUAGAAACAUUCAGAGUACAGAAUGGACUGAACAAACAAAAAACAUUACAGAACAAAAACUGAAUUUUGAGAUCGCAGGUCUUAACUAUGUAACCAACUACAGCAUAUCUGCAAGAUGCAAGGUUCCUUAUGCUUUGUGGAGUGAAUGGAGUGCAGAACAAAUAAUGACAACACAAGAAGGAGAACCCUCAAGUAAGCUUGACAUAUGGAGAAGAAUCACAGGACCUGAUUCAAACAGGAGCAGACAUUUGUAUCUUAUGUGGAAGAGAUUAGAAGAUUCAAAGGCUAAUGGAAAGAUAUUGGGCUACAGAGUGCAGAUCUUGCCUGAAUAUAAUCCAUUCCUUCAAGAGGUGAUAAAUACCACAGACGAGAACCUGACAGUCGCUAUAAAUGGGGAUUCUUAUCUAAUAUCAGUCAUUGCUUAUAAUUCUGUUGGUGAUUCUCCUGAGGCUUCAUUAAGAAUUAAUUCAGCUGGAGAACAUGCACUCCCACAUGUUGGUGAUGUUCAGACAUCUAUUCAAAAUAAACGCUUUCUGGUGAAAUGGUUGGCUCCUAACAAAACAGUUAAAGCAUAUGUGAUUGAAUGGUAUAAAGAACCUGAACUAUUUUCUCUGGAUUGGAAGUGGGUUAAUAAUGAUACAGACCAGACAUUUCUCCCUGAAUCACUUGAGCCUUACAACUGCUAUACUAUCUCCGUGUAUCCACUGUAUCAUGAAGGUGUGGGGCCACCUGUUUCUAAACAACAAUACUUCCUACAAAAGAGUCCAGGAGAAGGCCCCAAGGUAAAGCUUAAAACGUUCUGGAAGGAUCAAGCCAUUAUAGCAUGGGAAGAAGUUCCAAAGGAUAAAACAUAUGGUUUCAUCACAAACUAUACCAUAUUUUACAAGCCUGUCUUUGAGUCCAACUUUAAUGCUGUAACAGUGAAAGCAGGUGUACGAUUUCAUGAACUACAUUCUCUACAGCAAGGUACUCAAUAUACUGUAUAUGUAAUGGCAAGUAACCAGGCUGGGGCAAAAAAUAGCUCAGCCCUAUCCUUUUCUACACUUACUUUGGAUGAAACAGACGUCAUCUUUAUAAGCGCAGCACUUGGACUAUUAAUCAUGCUGUUUGCAAUUCUGGGACUUAUUUGUCUUUAUAAAAAGGAAAGGAUAAGAAAAGUGCUAUGGCCUGAUAUACCAAAUCCUGCUUUUAGCAACCUGAGAACCUGGGACAAGAAUGAAACUAAGCAUUCAUUCUUCAAAGCGUUUGCCUCAGACAGCAUGAUUAUUACUGAAGACCUGAAAGUGGUGAAACUGCAAACCAGUUGUAACAAAGAACAAAUGGAAGACCCUGGAAUGAAUGAGAAAAAUUUGUUGAAGAACAGUACCAACUACAUAGAAGUACCAUCAGCCAAUAUUCUGAAUGUUGAAGAAAAAGAAACAGUAAUCUCCUCCUCAUAUCCUGUGGCAUAUGUAACAGUAGAUCCAGCUUACCGAAGUCAGGCACCUGUUUCUCAAAGGUCACUGUCAACACAACUCUUUCUUUCAGACACGUCAGAAGAGAUAAUGAGUCAGCCAACAUCCCCCUUACUGUCUAAUACCACCCUGGAUAGCACUGUAUGGGAAAAUGCUUCAGAAAGAGAUGAUUUUCAGGAAGGAGUCAUUUCCAAACAAUCUAUGAUAGACUCUGGCAUGUCAGGUAAACAUUGCCAUAAAAUAGGCUAUUUGGGUCAGAAUCCUAAAGAAAAUGGAGAUUCCAUGCAACAGCAAGCAUUAACAGGUCAUUGCUCAGAUGGUACUGAUGAGCUUCCAUAUGUUACAGUUGGCAUGUUAGGUACAGCUGUUAUGAUGUAAGCGUGAUGAUUUUAACACAUCAGUAUUAAAAUGGAAGUUUAAUUCACAUCUGCAGCAUUUGUGAUGCUGCAGUAUUAGGAAAGAUAUGACUAAGUAUGGGGUGUUUUUCAGUGUAUAGUCAUAUUAAACAAAAACAUCUCUAACAUGUUAGCUUUAGCAUUAAACUUAAAACUUGCUAAGAGA